ACCAAACUGGCCAAUCAAGUGGCAGCGACCCCACAAACUGUUUUCUUUCAGAGACCAUUGUCCGACUUGUCUAAAAACAAUAUGUGAAAGCUAUAUAUUUACCACCAGACAGUAACGAGGACGCCACAUUUGAGCUCUUAACACGGUCGUCUUUCAGCGGUGUAAAAGCAGGGAGCAGAAAAACGUCGCUUUAACCGCGACGCAUGUGUCGGAAGCCAAGAUGGAGGUGGCUGUUAAAGGGAGGGCCAAGAGGAAGCAUCUGAAUGCACAGGAUUGUGACGAACUGGGACAAAGCGAGGAUGGCACAGAUGCUCUGACCAAACCGCGCACACUGCGAGGCAGGCGAGACCCCAACUGGGGCCUGUACCCAAGAACCCCCACAAAGCAGCGACGGAAAGCAACGUCCGUUUUAGGGAGUCCUGGGCAGCAGAAGACCAUUACUAAAUUUUUCUCCGUGACAGAUGUCAUUAGUUCCAGUCCACACAAAUCCUCCGUGCCCCCCACAUCAGCACACAGAGAGGGUUCAGGGGCUGUGGACGAGGAAGAAGAAGAAGAAGACGACGACGAUGUUAGCUUGUUGGCGACCCCGAUUGUAGCUGAUCCUGAUGCAGACGAAGAGGAUGAGAUUGGUGACGAUGCUCUCCUAGCUGCUGAAAUAUUUCAGGGGGCUCAGGGCGAGGGGUUGGCCUCCGCCGAUGCCCGCCUGGUAGAUUCUGGGACGGUGUCCGAAUAUGAGAAAAAUGAGGCCGAUUAUCUAGAAGGAAUGACUGCAGAGAUGUUUGGAGAAGAUGAGGACUUUAACGAGUUUGAAGAGGAGGAAGUUGAGCCCCUUCCUGACGCCCACUUUGGACUCCUGGGCAGCAGGAAGGUUUUGUUCCAACCACAGGGCUGCAUAGACGACCUUCCAGAGGAGGUGCUGAGAGAGGUCCUGCGUCUGGUCCCUGCGUCGGACCUUUAUCGCAACGUCAGCCUCGUCUGCCAUCGCUGGAGGAACAUCGUUCUGGACCCUAAGUUUGUGCCCUUUAAGAAGCAAUACUUCCGCUACACGAUGAACGAGACGGAGACCGUGCAGGAGAUCGGCUCCACGCUGAAAAACGCCAACAUCACCCGCCCUGCAGCUUUAGAGCUCAGCAUCCGCAACCUUGUGGUGCUGAUGGCUCAGCACCAAGUUGGAGAGCGCGUGAAGCCAGAAGAUGUCCUGCGGUGCGUAAAGAAACAUCGGCUUUUCCCACAGGCCGAAGCCUCCAUCAGGCUACGCAUUCCCGACAUUCAGAGGUUUCUUCACCUUGGCACUGAGGGUCCCAACCCAUACGCAGCCAUGGCGGUCAUAUUGACCCUGAGCGAGAGUGUAGGCGACGUGCAGACCUUGGUCUCUUUGCUCUCCAGCUGCAUGUCACUGACAGCCAUCACAGAGUAUCUCAGCCACAUGGCCACCAUGCUGCUUGCUUUAGAGAGGAACGACAUCAUGAGUAGCUACAGGUUGCAUUACAACAUCUACUACGUUCUCUACUUGCUGGAAAAUGGUCCCUUUUCUGUCACCUCUGGCCAGAACGGUGAGAGACUCCCUCAGAUUCACCUGACACGAGAACAGCAGGCGAUCCUCAGCCACGACAUCCAGCACGACCACGUGGUCAAGAUCAUCGCAUUCGCAGGUACAGGGAAGACGACCACGCUGGUGAAAUACGCCGCGCAGCGUCCACACCUCCGCUUCCUCUACGUGGCUUUUAACAAAUCGGUGGCCUGCGAGGCGCAGCGCCGCUUCCCUCCCAACGUGGAAUGCAAGACUGCCCACUCCUUAGCCUACCACGAUGUUGGGAUGAGAUACAACGCUAAUAAAAAGCUCACCAUGAACGUGAAGCCAUUCAGCAUCAACCUAGUUCUGCCUACGGGAUCCGCAGGCUACGCCAGAGCUAAAGUGGUGGCUACCAUCCUGAAUGCUUUCAUGGCCUCAGCGGACCCAACCAUCGACACCCAGCACGUCCCCUUCGACUAUGUAGUCAAAAAAGGCUUCAGGAAGAUUAUAGAUUCUGAGGAGCAAAUGUUUUUUAUCAGCGAGGCAAAGAUGAUCUGGAACAAAAUGAAGGACGUUAAGGAGAAAUCCAAACAGGCCUACUUCAUGCCUCAUGAUGGUUACCUGAAGUUAUGGCAGCUGAGAAACCCAAGGCCGCGCCUGUCCGACCGAUACGAUGCCAUUUUUAUCGACGAGGCUCAGGACUGCACGCCAGCCAUCAUGGACGUCCUGCUGUCCCAGCGCUGCGGGAAGAUCCUGGUGGGAGACCCCCACCAGCAGAUCUACACCUUCAAAGGAGCAGUCAACGCCCUCCACUCAGUUGGCCACACUCACAUCUUCUACCUCACGCAGAGCUUUCGGUUCGGAGCGGAGAUCGCCUUUGUGGGCGCGGCCAUCCUGAAGGUUUGUAAAGGGGUCCAGAAGAUUCUCGUCGGAGGAAUGCAGAAAGGUGCCGUGUGUGACGAAACGGCAUCUAAAGCCCUGGAGGCCAUGAAGAAGGGGGAGAGCUGUAGCCGAGGGAAGAUCGGCAUCCUCGCGAGGUGUAAUCUCGGUGUCUUUAAGGGGGCCGUCCAGCUAACGGAUGCUAACCAGCAGUGCCGGAUCCACUUCAUCGGAGGUGUCAGAAACAUCGGGCUGGACAGGAUAAUGGACAUUUACCACCUGAUGACUGAGGCGGGGCAGGAAGCGAAAAAAAGAGCCAUCAAAGACCCCCUCAUCCGGACCUUUUUCGCGACUAAGAAAAACGCCUACUCGGCCUUUAAGGAGUACAUCACCCAAACGGAAGACAAGGAGCUGGACGGGAAAUGCUGCAUUGUGGAGAAAUACAGAGAGCGCAUCCCUGAGCUGGUGGGCCGACUGAAGGCCUGCUCCGAGGGCGACUUCCACAGCGCAGACUUUAUUGUUGGAACUGUCCACAAGGCCAAAGGUCUGGAGUUUGACACCGUGAUCGUCAUCGACGACUUCGUCUCCGUCCCUGCUUCCAAUCACAACCUGCACCACAUACGGGACUUCUCCUUUAAGAAUUUUCACAACGACGAGUGGAACCUGCUGUACGUGGCGGUGACGCGGGCCAUGACCUCCCUGGUUGUAACUAGAAGCAUCCUCCGCAUCCUCACAGUGGCCGGGGAAUACUUCCUCAAGUCCCAGAUGCCCAGCUCUCUGGUGGUGGGCAGCAGCCCUCUGCCCUGCUCCAUCUCAGAAUGUCCCAACUGCAUCACGCCGGGCUCAGCGUUCAUCAUGUCCAAACAAAAGAUGCAGUGUACCGAAUGCGUGACUGACGAUGGCCCGCUCUGCGAGAGGUGCGUGUGGACUCGAAUCGGGCCCACAGCCUACCUCAUAACCGACGACGUCCUCUCCAUGGCGGAAAUCCCACAGCAGCUGCACGUGCCCAUCCACCAUCCGUUUUUCCCGGACCUCUUUUUUUAACGCAGUCACCCAGGACCUGAAAUAAACAGGGUUUUUUUUGCACCUUUUACCUGAAAAACGGGAUUGGUUGACCAUAAUAAGUCGAACCAAUUCAUCUUUAGCUACUGGAGACACAGAACUGACUUAAAGUUUUUACUUUUUCUAUCAAAAGCCAAAAAUUAACGUGUGUACAAAAUCUUUCUAUCGUUCGUAUAUGUUUGCAUGGGAGAUUACCUGCAUUGUACAGUCUUGUUAACAUAGAAGAGUUUUGUGUUAUUGUAAAGAAUACAUUAAUGGCUUUUCUCUCAA